AAUCUAAAUAGAAGCAAACACGGCUUAGAAUUCAAGCAAGGGAGAGAAAGACAUUUUUACUUAGGUUCUGGACCAGAUCAGUCAGUAUCAUAAAACCGACUUUCAUCACUUGCAAGCAACUAGAUCGAAGGAGAUCGGUGCUUGGUGCCUCGGGGUGCCCUAACCUGGCUUGUAGAGAUCCUUGUCACGAGGUGAUUCUUAAGAGAGCGUGCCGAGAAGCAGCCCAGUCAAAACUGGAGUAGUGCACGGGCCAUUGAAUAAUUUAAGGAGAAAAGCGAACAACAGGCUACAGAGGAAACUGAAGGCACCAGCACCUGCGGAGCAGGCAGCAUUUGGAUGAACCUAAAGGAAUAAGAGGUGUGAGGUGGGAUCCCAGGGGAAUGAGGCACUGGUAAUAAAGGAAGUGUUAUUCUUAAACUUUGACAUGACAAGUUCUAAGCCCUUACUGCUUAUAUGUGGAAGGCAAAUAAGCCACUCUAAUGACAGAAGACACAGUGUACAUUCCAGGUUAAAUGCUGCAGAGCUAUUAGAUUGCCUGGAACGCUUUCUGACCGACUGACAUCUUAGAGGAAAACUGUAAAAUUUUUACUUCAGAACAAAUACUAAAUAAACCAAAGUGUCCAGGAAGAAAGAAGUGAUUUUUCACAGUUAUUUUCUUUGCCAUGGGAGUGCUAAUGUUCAAGCACAUCUUCUUCAGAAGCUUUCUUGGAUUCCAUGCAACACUCCUUCUGUUUCCAGUCUGUUUGACGCAAGAUUAUACAGCCUUUCCUAUUUUUCCAAAUGCUUCUUUCCUCUGGGCUUGGAAUGUCGCAAUUCACAAUUGUGUUAAUUUCAGUAUAAAGAUAGAUUUGAGCCUCUUCUCCUUAUCAGGAAGCCCCGGGCUACACCGCCCAGGACAAGGUGUUGUAAUAUUUUAUAAGGAAAAGCUGGGCCACUAUCCUUAUGUACAUAAAGGUAACAAUGUGAGUGGAGGAAUCCCUCAGUUGGCAAAUCUGCAAAGUCAUUUGGACCAAGCUAGGAAAGACAUUUGCGGUUCCUUUAGACCAAACGACGUGGGCUUGGCUGUAAUUGACUGGGAAGAAUGGAGGCCCCUUUGGGAAAGAAAUUGGGUUGCAAAAGCUGUUUACAAAAAUCAAUCUAUUGAUUUAGUUCUCCAAAAGAAUAAGACACUCAAUUCUACAUAUGCAGAACUAGUUGCCAAAGCGGAGUUUGAAAAAGCUGGAAGGGAUUUCAUGCUAGAGACUUUAGAAUUGGGACUAUUACUACGGCCAAAAUACUUAUGGGGUUUUUAUCUUUUUCCUGAUUGUUACAAUCAUCGUUAUGAGAAAGAACGAGCUUACAAUGGAAGUUGCCUUGAUAAAGAAAAAGAAAAUAAUGAUUUGCUUGACUGGUUAUGGAAAGGAAGCACUGCCCUUUACCCAUCCAUUUAUUUGAAUACCAGAAUAAAUGGUUCCAAUACUGCGCUCUUUGCCCGGAAUCGUGUGCUGGAAGCCCUUCGAGUUUCUAAAGUGCGAAACAAUAUGGACCCGCUUCCAGUUUUUGUAUAUUUCCGUCUAGUUUUCACUGAUAAAAUUAAGACUUUCCUUAGUGAGGAUGACCUUGUGCAUACAAUUGGGGAAAGCGUUGCUCUAGGCGCCUCUGGAAUGGUAAUAUGGGGCAGCUCCAAUUUAACCCGAAAUCAGACAGAUUGCACGAACCUAGCCAAUUUUAUGAAGAAUACCCUGAAUCGUUACAUAAUCAAUGUCACCCUAGCAGCCAAAAUGUGUAGCCAAGUGCUUUGCCAAGAUCAGGGAGUGUGUAUAAGGAGAAACUGGAAUUCAAGCGACUAUCUUCACCUGAACCCAAAGAUAUUUACUAUUCAAAUUUUGAACGACGGAAAAUAUGUGGUAAAAGGGAAGCCCACACAGGACGACCUACAGCAAUUUUAUCAAAAAUUUCAUUGCAGCUGUUAUGCCAAUAUCCGUUGUAUGACUAGAGUGAAUGUGACUACUACAAAUCUUACCCCUCUAUGUGUUGGUAAUAAUAUUUGUAUAGAUGCCUUUGUAAACUCAGCUCUCAGUGGUCCUUCUAAAUUGAGUGGCAUCUCUUCAGGUGCUUAUAGCAGUGCUGCGUCUACUAUACCAUAUACUACAAUGUCCCCAUGUGCUUCUGGAAAAGACCUCAAUGAGAGCCUCCAAACAAAAUGCUUAGUGGAAGCUAUCUCCAACAUCCUCCAAGAAGAACAUGAGCGUACCUUAUGUAAUCUAACCACUCCUAAUGAAACAACCUUUACCAGUACAAGUUCAAUGGGAAAGAUCACAUAUUCAAGAGGAGGGAGAAUGUUUCUUGCUAUGCUGAGUUUGGUGUAUAUUUGAAGAAGAUUGACCUUGAAAUUGAAAAAUUACAGCGGUGUGUGGUGAAUGUUAUGAUAGAAACUCAGCAUACUGUCGCAUAAAAACAUGAUUCCAUGAGUGCCUUUUAUGCUAUAUCUAUAAGUGACCCAAUAAAAUUUUAAUAUGUUGUGCUG